AACUCUAGGGCCCGUCGUACCAAAUGUCGGGAGUAUUAAAUCUCGUAAUAUUUUAAUUUUAUACCAAUUCCAGUGAAAACGAGCAUGUGAUUUGCUAGUGUUACUUCUAACAGUGGUUUUUACGUAAUCAUGUAUAAAACGGUGCGCCAUGGUGAAAAUAGUCUUCAGUAUACUAUCCUUCCGCAGACCGAAGAAGUGCUUAACAACAGUGGACUUAAAGGGAAAGGGCGGGAUUACAGCCCGUCAAUUCACGUGAGGCGGUCCAGGCGAAGAUCAACCCUCAAAUAUGUAUUAAUGGUGAUAUUUGGAACUGUAAUAGCCCUAGCAUUGGCUUCUGUUCCUCUAUACGUUAUGAACGGUGCUAUAUUUGCUCGAAGAAUGCAAUUCGAUCACCAUGAUACUACAACGCCAGCUCUCACUCCUGGUGGGAGAGAAAUAUUACGUUCCCGUAAAAAGGAACUGAGGAUGUCUGCUGAAACUACCAUAAAACCUAAAUUGGACAUUUUAACUACAACCACUACUCCCUCUACUACUACUACAACACCUGUCCCCAUAACUGUGACCAGUGAUAAGAUUACGAAUCCACCCUGGACGAUGCCUGCUUUAAGGUCUUGGAAAGCAGCGUCAUCGACGUCACUACCACAAUUACCAACAGAAGAGAUCGAACGGAUUCCACUCAUUGGUACACCCUCAGGAAGUGUGCGUCUUCUAGACCAUUACAUGUCCAUGAGGCCAUGGGAUAAGGACAUUAUAAUAAGACCAACCGUCACCUCAGAACCUAUAACAAUUCGAGAUGUUUUUAACUAUUAUUCCGUUCACUCUACAGAGAAAGUUGUUACGGAUAGUCCGAAAGUAUUCGAGGAUGUAUUGAUCACCACAAAGGCUACGAUAAAGAACAUAGCAACUACUGAAGCUUUUGCGAGUGAUAUAUCAAAGUUCAACGACCUAAAAGACACACUGCUAUCCGCAGAUACCGAUGAAGAGGCAAAGGAAACCCUAGAAGAAGACGAAGUAUUUUCUUUACCACCACUAAAACCGGAUACAGCGGUGGGGUCGGAUUCAGAUGAAGUUACAGUUUCUAAGACUACAAAUGGCUGGUACGGCCAGAAAUGGCCAUUUGUGGAUUCCUCAACUUACUUCCAAUGGCCUGUGAAUAGUCCCAAUGAUGGCAUCUUACUACCACUAUUAACAGCGGCUUUAUCGUCGAUGACUCUGGUGCUACUAUUGGCUUUUGCGAUCAAGUUAAGGAAACGUACCAGCCAUCACUGCGCUCCAACUGGGAAGUUAUCCGCCGAAUCUCAAACUGAUGACAACACUAAUUUAUUGACGGCUGAAAAUCCGGAAGAAGUCGAGGAGUGAGUGAGGAGGAGAUGUGAAAUUGUAAUUUAAUUUUGCUUUUAGUCAUAUGCACAUUAAGGAAAAUUUUUGAAUAUAAAUUUCAUGAUUUUUAGAUUCAUAUCCGCAUACAUAUAAAAUACCUUUUGAUGAGUAAUUUUCCUAAUCGUGCAUAAGACCUUAAAUGAUAAUUAAAUUUUACAUAAUCUAUCAUAUAACAACCUAAUGUCUAUGCUAUCUCAUUGAUCGAUAUACCAUAUACAAUGUUAAUUAUUGCAAAUUUAAGUCUGUGACCAUAGAGAAUAUAUUAAAGUUCACAAUGCUCUGUUAUCUUAAAUCUAUGGUUUUGCUCAUAAAUUCUUUUAGACUGAAUGAGAGGAAUAAUUGCCAAAUUUAAAAUCAUCAUUUGCCAACCAUCAAUGCUACAUUCCGUUACCAUUUCCUACCUAAUAUUAUUGAAUUUAAUAAAAUGAUUAUUUAUAUUAAUAUAACGUCUUAAACAUAAAAUAUAAUCUUUAGCUAUCAUGAGCUUUUAGACACUAUCAAAAAUAUAUUAGCUGUUUCCGAAACGCAUUUUCCAUAUCUGAAAGUAUUUUAAGAAAUCUCAGUAUUAAUAAAUGUGGCGUGGACAUUUAUUUUUUAAUAUAUUGGACUAGAUUAAGUACCGGCGUACCUACAUUCACAAAAUUGCUUUGUUUAAUAGAUAUAAGACUGAUAUAGCGUUUUUGUUAAUUUCUAGUGGUAAAGACCGAUUAGUAACCUAUUUUUGUAAAGGCACUAGGUAUUUUUUGUGCUUCGUUAGAAUAAGGUGUGUCAUCAAUGAAGGACAUGAGCGGUUUGUGAUGGAAUGAAAGGAAUAGCAUGGCAUCGUUUUACAAGUGCCGAACACGCUAAAUCAUACGAAAUUUUAUAUCAUAAGUGUCGCACACAAUAUCUAGCUGUUAAUUUCAAGCUUUUGUGUCCAAUAGUUUGUCAUAAUCUUGUGCUAUGUACAUAAAUUAAAUUGUUUUACCACC